AUGCAGUCGGGGUGGCUCGUUUCCGGUCCUGCGCCGUUUCUGGAGCGGAUUGGAACCCGGAGUCAGGAUUUGGUAAAUGAAGGUUUUGCAGAAAAGGUUGGCAUAAUGGCUGAACAGACACCAGAUGAGUUCAUCUGGUGCGAGGACUGUGGCCAGUACCAUGACUCUGAGUGUCCUGAACUUGGGCCGGUGGUGACUGUCCAGGACUCCUUCGUCCUCAGCCGAGCUCGGUCGUCUCUUCCGGACAGCCUGGAGAUCAGAGAGGUGGGAAAUGGAGAGGAGGGGGUGUUUGUCCUGCACCGGCUGGUCAAGAGGACUCGGUUUGGGCCCUUUGAAGCAAAGAGGGUUCCCCACCUGGAGAAGGAAGGAGCGUUCCCCCUGAAGAUCUUCAAGAAGGACGGUGUAGUGGUGUGUUUUGACUCCAGCAGUGAGGAGGACUGCAACUGGAUGAUGCUGGUGCGACCUGCCAGCGACCACAAGCACCAGAAUCUGAAGGCUUACCAGCAGGAUGACGAAGUGUACUUCAACACCUCCCAGGAUGUGCUGCCAGGAACAGAGCUGAGAGUCUGGUAUGGAGCGUUCUACGCCAAGAAGAUGGAGAAGACCAUGCUGAAACCCCCACUUCAGCCACCGCUGCCUCCACCAGAUGUGACAGCUCCAUCUGCUAAAUCUGAGAUCUCAGAGAAAAGUGGAGCCCACAUGCCUCCAGCGGCUGAAGACAGCAGCGCAGGCGACAUGCUGAUCCACCUCAACGAGGUAAAGACGAUAACGGUGCUUCCAGCAGAGCAACUCCUGCCCCAGGGGGAAUGCCUGGUUGGUCCUGAUGAGGAGGAGGGCAGCUCCCCUGCAGCACAGCCCAGCCCCAAGAGAGGGCACAGCCGAGGGAGGAGAGCUAAAGGACGCAGGCCCAGUGCUGCAGCUGCAGCAAGCAAAAACAGAGAUGUGAAGCCCCCACUGGUGAGCUCGGAGCCUGUAGCGUCAGAGGGGGGAACAAAAGCGGCAGAGAACAGCAGCCCACUGAGCACUCCAGACAGCGGGCCUGUCCUGAAGAGGCACAGAGCGAGAGAGCACAAGAAGGUCUACGCUUGCCCCCGCUGCAACAAGGUCUUCCAGAACAGCAGCAACCUCAACAGACACAUCCGAUCUCAUGGUGAUAAGCUGUUCAAGUGCGAUGAAUGUGACAAGUUGUUCAGCCGUAAGGAGAGCCUGAAGCAGCACAUCUCAUACAAGCACAGCAAGAACGUGCCUGACCAAGAGUACAAGUACAAAUGCAACACGUGUGAGAAAUCUUUUCGCCUGGAAAAUGCCUUAAAGUUCCACAACUGCCGGACAGACGAUAAGACGUUCCAGUGUGAUAUCUGCUCGCGGUUCUUCUCCACCAACAGCAACCUCUCCAAGCACAAGAAGAAGCACGGCGAGAAGCUCUACUCCUGUGAAAUCUGCAACAAGAUGUUCUACCGCAAAGACGUGAUGCAGGAGCACCACAGGAGGCACGGUUUGGGACCAAAGCACAUGAAGAGAGAGGAGCUGGAGGCCAAUGGAGAAGAAGGGACCAAGUACAGGAAGGAGCCGUCACCCUGUCCCAUUUGCAGCAAGGUGUUCUCCUGCAGGAGUAACAUGAACAAGCAUCUGUUGACUCACGGCGAUAAAAAGUACACCUGUGAGAUCUGCGGCCGCAAGUUCUUCCGUGUAGACGUCCUCCGAGACCACAUUCACGUGCACUUCAAGGACAUAGCCUUAAUGGACGAGCAGGAAAGGGAAGACUUCAUCAAGAAGAUCGGCAUCUCAGCGGACGACAGUGACGAAACAGACGAGGAUGAAGAUGAAGAUGACCCAGAGCACCAUAAAUAUAACUGCAAGAAAUGCCAACUGUCGUUUGCAAAAGGAAAAGAGUACCUGAAGCACAUCAUGGAGCAGCACAAGGAGAAAGCCUACGGCUGCGGGAUCUGUAACCGACGCUUUGCACUCAAAGCCACUUACAACGCUCACCUGGUCAUCCACCGAGAGCAGCUGCCCGACCCUUCGGUGCAGAAGUACAUCCAUCCAUGUGAGAUUUGUGGGCGAAUAUUCAAUAGCAUUGGAAAUCUGGAAAGGCACAAGAUCAUCCACACAGGGGUGAAGAGCCACGGCUGCGAUAAAUGCGGCAAAUCAUUUGCAAGAAAGGACAUGCUGAAGGAGCAUCUCAGGGUGCACGACGACAACCGAGAGUACCUGUGCGCCGAGUGCGGGAAAGGUAUGAAGACCAAACAUGCUCUGAGACACCACAUGAAGCUCCACAAGGGCAUCAAAGAGUACGAGUGUAAGGAGUGUAAGCGCAAAUUCGCCCAAAAGGUCAACAUGCUGAAACACUACAAGAGACACACAGGUAUAAAGGACUUCAUGUGCGAGUUGUGUGGAAAGACUUUCAGUGAGAGGACCACACUAGAGACUCACAAGCUCAUCCACACAGUGGGUAAGACGUGGACAUGUCCCACAUGCGAUAAGAAAUAUCUGACCGAGUACAUGCUGCAGAAGCACGUCCACCUGACCCACGAAAAGGUAGAGGCCCAGUCGUGUCACCUCUGCGGGACAAAGGUGUCCACUCGCGCUUCUAUGAACCGACACCUGCGACGCAAACAUCCCGAGGUGGUGUCUGUGAGAAUCGACGAGUUUGAUGAUCUUCAGGAAAAUUUGUCAAUGAAUGAUUCAUCUAUCAGCAUUGUGCAGCCCUCUCUGACCAUGGAAAAAGACGGGAUGUCUCAGGAGCGGCCCAGUCGACCUUCCCGACACCCCAAGAAGAAGCAGAGAAGCUCAGCUGAGCCGGAGCUCUCCGAGUCCGAUGAAUACGUUGAUUUUGCUGAACCAAGGCACGAAGCCAUGUCAGAAUUCAACGCCGUCAUUGUCGGUGAUGAGACUGAGACGAGCUCUGCUGUACAGAGCAUCCAGCAGGUGGUGGUUCUGACCGACCCCAGUGCUCCAUCAGCCUCCUCCCCCAACAGCUCAGUGGGACUGACCAACAUCACAGUCACGCCCAUCACCAGCCACGCCCCUGCCCAGUUUACCAGCCUGCAGCCUGUUGCCGUGGGCCACCUGACAGCCAGCGACCGGCCCCUCACACUGGACAACUCCAUCCUCACGGUCACCUUUGACACAGUCAGUGGCUCUGCUAUGCUGCACAACCGGUCUGCAGAACUCAUCCCAGAGACUGUAGGUCCUGCUGGAAGCGGGACACCCCAGUCCGUCGCCCAUUUCAUCAACCUCGCCACUCUGGUCAACCCCAUGGGCCACCAGCUAGAGGCCCCGACUCUGGCGUGGAGGCCUGUACCUGCAGCUGAGGGCAGCCAGGUCACUCCAGUGGUGGAGGGUGCACAGGGGGAGAGUCAGGAGGCCCAGGGCCCAGAUCCAGGCCGGCCCAGCCAGAGCCAGCCAGCCACCCCUCAGCAACAAAGCAGUUCUGCGCAACAGAUGUUCAGCUACUGAGCAGACACUAGGGGUGCAGGUCACCUCACACAGAUACUGUUACAUAGUAGAGUAGAUUUUUAACAAACUGUACAAAGUUGUGAUCACUGUCACCCAGAUGCCUCUCCAGCCCAAUGGAAGCAAAUGGUAUUGUAAUAUUUUUUAAUACUAAAACGGAAAACCAAUUGACAGUUAGUGAAUCUGUUUUUGAGAAAAUGAGGAAAAAAAUGUGCAUUUAGCCACAAUCACUGACGUCUGAAACCAAAGCAACUGUUGACUAUUCUAACGCCUUACCAGCCUUGGGGGAAAAAUGCAUGAUUUCGAGAUAAACCUGCUGCUUGAACAACGAGAUGUGGAAAUGCACCAACAUGAAAAGCAGAUGAACUUUGUGACAAAUAAAGUGAAAAUACGUUGACCACAUUAUAAUAACACAUGGUAUUUGGUGUAUUCCCAAAAGCAGCUGAGUGCUGAACAUGAUUUUUGAAUGCUGUAAACUGUAAUUAUUGUCAAACUGUCUGAAAUAAAUAUUG